AUGGCCACAACAUCCUCGACCAACAGCCCCCAACCCGCACCCUGGAAACAGGCCUUCCUCAAAGACCUCGACAAGCUCGACUCUCCCGAAUUCGUCUUUUCGUCUUUGCACCCUGCCCCUAAGGAUUCACCUACACCAUACCUGCCUCGCGCUCGUUACUGCAUCUUCCGCGGUUUCUGGGCCGAGCUGCCUGAAAACAAGCACAAUGAAGCUCCCAUGAACCCCAGAGUGUACGAGUCGGAGAUGCCGACUUUUACCUCUGAUGUCCGCAUGAUGAAGAUUCCUCAGCUUUUCAGUUCGGGAAGUGGACACGCGGAAAAGGAAGAGCAGAUGCAGGGAAGUGGUGGCGGUGGUCCUUGCGAGGCUGUCUACUGGAUCAAGGAGACUGGUGUGCAGUGGAGAUUGAAGGGUGAGGCGUUUGUUGUCGGUCCUGAUAUUGAGGGUGAGGGUGAGCAGAGCAAGGAGAGCAGUGGUGUGAGAACCGUCAAGAGCGAGUUGGGCAGCCGUAUGAGAGUCGUGGAUGAGGGUAAGCAGGGAGAGUGGUCUUGGAACAAAGAGCUCACUGCUCACUUUGGCAACAACUCGCCUGGUUUGAGAGGUUCUUUCAAGGCUCCCCCACCUGGCCGUCCUACAUCCGAGCCCUAUGAUGACAAGAACCUGGCCCUCGGCACAAAGGUUGAGGACCUGAACGAUCCUGUCGCAAGAAAGAACUUCAGAGUCGUCGUCAUCAAGCCCGAGGAAGUCGAGCAGCUCGACCUUAGUGACCCUACAAAGGCACGCAGACAGGUCUACAUCUACCAGGCUGAUGGAUCCUGGAAGCAGGAGGAGCGCUGGCCUUGA